AUGGCCGUCGACACCGCCGUCCCCGGCGCCGACUUCUUCUUCAAGGGCGAGAGCGGCCGCAACACGCGAGGCCUGCUCCGUCUGCUCAUCCUCGUCACCAUUGCGGCCGCCGCCAUUGCUGCUCGACUCUUCUCCGUCAUUCGUUUCGAGAGCAUUAUCCACGAGUUCGAUCCAUGGUUCAACUUUCGAGCCACGAAGUACCUCGUGAACCACGGCUUCUACAAGUUUUGGGAUUGGUUCGAUGACCGAACAUGGCAUCCUCUGGGCCGUGUCACCGGUGGCACGCUCUACCCAGGCCUCAUGGUCACGUCCGGCGUCAUCUACCAUCUCCUCCGAUUCUUGACCCUCCCUGUCGACAUUCGAAACAUUUGCGUCCUGCUUGCCCCAGCCUUCUCAGGCCUGACCGCUUGGGCGUCCUACCUCCUCACCUCCGAGAUGAGUGACAGUCCAUCCGCCGGUCUGCUCGCCGCUGCGUUCAUGGGAAUUACUCCUGGAUACAUCAGCAGAAGUGUUGCAGGUUCAUACGACAACGAGGCCAUUGCCAUCUUCCUACUUGUCUUCACCUUCUUUCUCUGGAUCAAGGCUGUGAAGCAGGGCAGCAUCAUGUGGGGAGCUCUAUGCGCUCUCUUCUACGGAUACAUGGUCAGCGCUUGGGGAGGAUACGUCUUCAUUACAAACUUGCUGCCCCUGCACGCCUUCGUGCUGAUCUGCAUGGGGCGGUUCAGCGCGCGUCUCUACGUCGCAUACACCACCUGGUAUGCUCUGGGAACGUUAGCGAGCAUGCAGAUCCCAUUCGUUGGAUUCCUGCCCAUCAGGAACAGCGACCACAUGUCCGCUUUGGGUGUAUUCGGCCUUAUGCAGCUGGUCGGUUUUGCGGAGUACAUCCGUCACCAGCUCCCAUCAAAGCAAUUCCAGACCCUCUUGCGGGCGAUGGUGCUCGUCGUUUUCGGUCUCGCGUUCGGAGGGCUUGUUCUGCUGACCGUGUCUGGCGUCGUCGCGCCCUGGAGUGGACGCUUCUACUCACUGUGGGACACGGGCUACGCCAAGAUCCACAUUCCCAUCAUCGCGUCGGUGUCGGAACAUCAACCUACUGCCUGGCCCGCCUUCUUCUUCGACCUGAACAUGCUCAUCUGGCUGUUCCCGGCGGGGGUCUACAUGUGCUUCCGCAACCUGAAGGAUGAACAGGUCUUCAUCGUGAUCUACGCCGUUCUGGCCAGCUACUUUGCUGGCGUUAUGGUUCGCUUGAUGUUGACGUUGACGCCAAUCGUUUGUGUUGCGGCUGCCAUGGCGCUCAGCCAGAUCCUCGACCAGUUCCUUGUCGCAUCGCAACCAUCUGAGCCGACUGAAUCGACGAGGGCCAACGGUAAUGCGAAUGGCAACGCAGAUAUCAAGGACAAGCUUGCCGCAGCGAUCCCAGAAUCGCUUCGAUCUACCAAGGCGCCUCUUGUCGGUAUCUACAGCUACCUGUCCAAGUCCGUUAUCACCGGCGCUGUCACGACAUACCUAUUGCUCUUCGUGCUGCACUGCACUUGGGUCACCUCCAACGCCUACUCAUCGCCUUCAGUGGUCCUUGCGUCGAGACUGCCAGAUGGCAGCCAACACAUCAUCGACGACUACCGCGAGGCCUACUAUUGGCUGCGACAGAACACUCAUUCGGACGCCAAGGUCAUGAGUUGGUGGGACUAUGGCUACCAGAUUGGUGGUAUGGCUGAUAGGCCCACUCUCGUCGACAACAACACCUGGAACAAUACGCACAUCGCCACUGUCGGCAAGGCCAUGUCCAGCCGAGAGGAAGUGUCAUAUCCUAUCAUGAAACAGCACGAAGUAGACUAUGUGUUGGUUGUAUUCGGCGGUCUCCUUGGGUACUCUGGUGAUGAUAUUAACAAGUUCUUGUGGAUGGUCAGAAUUGCUGAGGGCAUCUGGCCCGAUGAGGUGAAGGAGCGUGACUUUUUCACCGCUCGCGGCGAAUACCGCGUCGAUGACGAGGCCACGCCAACCAUGCGCAACUCGCUCAUGUACAAGAUGAGCUACUACAACUACAACUCGCUCUUCCCUGCAGGCCAAGCCACUGACAGAGUUCGUGGCUCCAAGUUGCCAGCUCAGGGACCAGAAUUGUCUACCCUUGAGGAGGCUUUCACAAGCGAGAAUUGGAUCAUCAGAAUUUACAAGGUCAAGGACUUUGACAACCUUGGUCGAAGCCACCAAGAAGCGGUCGGCUUUGAAAAGGGGAACAAGAGGAAGAAGGCCGGGAAGAGGAGAGGCCCAAGAACACUCCGUGUUGACUGA